AUGGAUAGCAAGAACUAUUUGAAAGCUUAUGGCUGGAAAGAAGGCGAAGGUUUGAAGCCUGGCGCCUUGAAAAAACCGAUUUUGGUCAAACAUAAAAACGACAAAAAAGGACUGGGAUCAGCUCCUGGCGGAGACGAUGGAGAAAUGUGGUGGGAAACGUUAUUUGACGGACACUUGAAGAAUUUGAACGUGAAUGACGGUGGAAGCGGGAACAUCAAAUUCGAGCAGAAAGAUACACAGGAUGGUGCUGUGGUGAAAGACAAAUCGCCGUUGUACAGAUGGUUUGUGAAGGGCGAGGUUCUGAAAGGCACGAUUGAAACAGAACUUUUGGUUCGUGAAACAACGGAAGACGGGAAGGUUGAGAAAAAGUUUAAGUCUGCGCGCAAGAAAAGUGAACGCAAGAAAGAUGAGCGUUCCAGCAAGAAAGCCAGUAAAAAGUCGCACAAGAAGGAGGGAAAAGUCUCUAAAAAGAGUAAACACAAGGAUAAAAAGUCUAGUAGGAACAAGUCAGAUAGAAAGGAUAAAAAAGAGCGCAAGGAAAAAAAACGAAACAGCAAGAAGAAAGACAAGCUCAAAGGUUAG